AGUACGCAUCCCGUCAACCGCGCUUGCCGGUCGUGCUUUUCUGCUGCCGCUGGUGCUGGACCCAAGGCCUGGUUCUGCUGCAUUCUCGCAAGCCUUUGACAUCAUCCUUUUAUAUGCGCGAAAGCUGCUUUGCAGGGUUAUCUUAUAUUUGCUAGCGUUAUAUAUAUCUAUUCUAAUAAGUAUUUUGAUGGUAUUUUGAUUGUGUUAGUCGCGUAUUUGCCGAUCUUGCUGUCCUUGUUCGCGACCUCUUGCUUUGUUCAACCCUAGCGCGGAUUUCCCUGAUUCAACGUAUAUAUAGUGCUGACUAGAAGGUAGCCUCCUUUCGUUUGUGAAAAAGCUCAGAUUUAUUUUCUCGCAGUCUUUUUUUUUCUUCUAGGUGUCAUUUUAGAUUGCACUGCUUGCAACAUGACACGUGUUUUGGUUGCCGGUGACUCGGUGGUGAAAUACGCGGACCAGUAUUUCCCAUCGCGUCGUAGUUUGUCAGUCAGUGUUGCCGCGCAUAGAGGAGUAAGGAUUGAGCAUUUGCUGUCAAUGAUUGCUGACAAGCUAGCUGGUUUUGAUGUUGUCAUUGUGCACGUUGGCACUAACAACACUGUUGACAGUGUCAGCGCGUGCAUGGACAAGUAUCGCCAGCUCGCUCAGGGGAUCAUUGAGAGAAAUCCCAUGGUGCAUGUAGCUUUUUCUGCCAUUCUUCCUCGGGGGCAGAAUCAGUACAGCUCAUGGGAAGCUCAGUCCUCAUGGUUGCAUGACCUGAAUGGUGACUACAAAAGGAUUAACAGUGCCCUGAUGCAGUACUGCCACGAGUGCGGCUACACAUUCCUGGGUGGUCUCGUGGACAACUGGCCCAGUUGCCUGAGCAGAGAUGGUGUCCACCCGAGCCGCUUUGGUAACAAGGUGCUGGCAGACUUCCUGUACCAGGGGGCCUGCACCCUGUCCAUCCAUCUGGAGAGAAGCCGCAUCCAGCAGUCCUACAAGGAGACCCAGGCACCUUCUUCAUGGACCAGUUGGACUCGGCAGGACAGCAUCCCUGCCAUCUCCGAGGCUGACUUUCCCCCGCUUGAGGCACGGCACCAACCAGCCUACCAGAACCCUUCAAGGUGCUGGAUUUUCACUUGUUGGCGGUGUCCGUGUCCGUUGCAAGGGAAGCAAGGCUUGGUUCACCUGGGACAGCCUGCCUUCCCCCACUUUCCAUGGCACAAGUGUACCAAGUAGGGGAAAAGCCGAGGGGAGGUCUGCUGAGCCAAUGAUCCCUGGUCGAGGUGCAAGCACCACUUGUGUCUGGAAAACUAGGAGAGCCAC